GGUUAUCAUUGGCAAGGAUGAGUUAUGUUGUACGGAAGAUAGUCUCAUGUAUUAUUGUUUUUAAUUUGAAGUGAAUUAGUGGAAAUGCAGUAGUACAAGAUACCGAUAAAAUUUUAAUAUUUCAAUAAUAUUUACGAAUGUAAAAUUUCUAUAGAAAGGGAUUUGACGUAACCAAUCUUUUUAGGGCAACAGGUUAGGUGACGGUUAUUUGGGUGCUUGCUGUUAGGUUAGGAGAGAGACAUAAGGCCCUUUCUACAAUGGCACGCAAACGGAGUUGAAUCUUAAACGGAUGCGGAUCUCGCGGAACAUUUCACUAUCGCGUCUGCUGCUUCCACAAUACACGGAAACUCGGCCGGGUGUCACAAUGGCACACACUAGUACAACAUUCAAGCUGUGCUUGCGGUCACUGGUGUUGAACUACCGCCCGCAUCUGUGUGUGAAAACAAAAAUGCAGAAUACUAAAAGAGGCCACUUCUUGUUCAGCAGCUACACGUCUAGAAAUGAGGCAGACAGCAGCUUCACAUCCAGAGAGUUGGUCCCAGGAAGUGUGGUGUCAACCACAGAUGUUUUGCUCCAAAAUUUGAAAUCUGCAUCAAGUGUUUCAAAGGUACUGGAAGUUGUGGAAAGGCAUCACAGAGAAAUGAAUAGCAAACAUACAUUGGAAGCUUUAAAAUGUAUUUUCGAACUUCAGAAGUGUGGUUGCUCAGAGAUAUCUAAAACAGAUAUAAUCAACGGUUUGGUAUUCCCCACGCUAUGCAAAAAGUUGAAGUUUCAAGCGAGAGAGUAUCAUCUGAACGACACCGUCGAAGCGCUGAAGAUUGUCGCGUACAUGGGAGUACCGACGUCGAGCCUGACCGUGCAGAUCCUCCUGCAGCUGAUCAGGAAGCAAGUGAACGACUUGUCGCUGCAGAGCGUCGUCUUCUUGCACUUCCUGCUGGACAACAUGAGCAGCUGUCCCCUCGUGGAUGCCCUGAAGAUCGCGCUCCCGAUGGUGUGCGAGGCGCAGCUGAGAACGAAGCUGGACCCGACUGACGUCCGCCAGGCGAUAGACCUCCUGCAGUAUGCCUCUCAGCGCAACCUCUCCGAGGCUUCCGUCACCCACAUCGUGCACACCUUGGACAGGAACUUUCACUCCGAAACUGCGGACGUUAAGAACGCCAAGACAGUGGUCUGGAGCAUCUGUCGGCUGAAGUCUGUCGACACAGAUUACAGUAGACUUCUGCAUUCGGCAUUUAAGGUUUUAUCUAAAAAUGUUAGCGCGUUAUCUUAUAAAGAAAUUGACUACACGCUGCACAAACUUACGUCAAAAGUAAAAAAGAAAGAUCAUGCUUACUAUCAUGAGGAUUUUGUGAACAGCUGUGGUAGGUAUGUUGUGAUGCAAGAUUGUGGUUUUGAAAAGGCUGCCCACAUUCUCCAACACCUCUCAAAACUAGAUCAUGUUUGUAUUGAUCUGCUUGAGUACAUUGCCCAGCAUUUGGUUAAAAACCCUAAACUUGUGGAAGAAUGUAGAACGUCUACAUUGAUGAUGUUUGUCAGAGGACUGGCAGCAGCCGGCUAUAAACCUGACAACUGGAACUCCAUAAAGGAAGCUCUCUUGGACUGCAGUGCUUUACAGGAGGAAGAGAGGUUAGACUUGCCAUGGAUCAAGUUUGCCUUGGACUUGGCGUAUUUAGACUGCUUCUCUGAUGCACUGCUGGAACGAAUUUUCAAUGAGGACUUCUUGGACAAAAUUCUAGCAAGAGAGUACAACCUGCUGGACCUCCUGCAGCUGCUCACGCUGCACCAGGCCGUGUUCACGCUGCACCCCUCGUACCAGGGGACCCAGCCCCCUCGCGGCGUGCUGGAGGAGGCCGCCCGCAGGAACGGGGGCCAUAUGAAGGACUUCCCCUUGCGAGGGGCCCUGGAGUCCGGGCUGGGCGGAGCCUCCUACGUGCGGACCGGGGUCCACACCAAGCUCGGUCAUUUCGUAGACCAUUUGGUGGUGAUGCGAAAAGGUGGCUUUCCGAUUGCCAUCAACCAGGAGUCCCGGCAAGACCCAACUACCAGGGUCUACGUGGAGGAGCUUGAGAUACCUAGAGACGGCCAGGUGGUCAUGGUGUUCUGCCACCCACCAAGCUGUUACGCUGUGAACUGCAGUCGCCUGAAAGGUUACUACGUGCUGUCUGGCAAGACGCUGGAAGCCUUGGGCUACGCGGUGGUGCACAUCAACCUGCAGCAGUGGACCGGCAUUCCCGACCGCGAGAAGAUACCGUACCUCAUGCAGAACGUGAAGCUCCAGUGCGAAGCGCAGACUGACCAGAUAUAUGCCCUGCAGUGAACACACUAACAGUUUUAAGUUUGUAGGCCAACUCAACUUUGUACAUAGUGGUCUCAUUUGACGAGUUUAAAGUGUUAAAUGUGGGGGGGGGGGGGAAAGUUCUCGGAUUAUAUUUUAUUUAUUUCAAAAACUCAACACAGCUAUAACACAAUGACUGUAAAAUUUACAAGGAGGAGCUGAAAUAAACUUGUAACACACACUCAAAUUGACUGUCUUGAUAUGUCCAAAGUCAUCGUGUCUUGAUAAUGACAGUUUAAAUAAACUAAAGAAAGGGUUAAAA